AUGGCAUCGGUGGCGACCUCUUCCACCGUCGUCUCGGCCAUAGACCCUUCCAUUGUACUGACGGGAGCCGAAGCACAAGCCAUGUCUCGUCGACGGAACAUCGGAAUCGCAGCGCACAUCGAUAGCGGCAAGACUACAGUGACGGAGCGAGUGCUCUUCUACACUGGACGCAUCAAUGCGAUUCACGAGGUCAGGGGCAGGGACAAUGUAGGGGCAAAGAUGGAUCACAUGGAACUCGAGAGGGAGAAGGGCAUCACCAUUCAGAGCGCUGCUACGUAUUGCAAGUGGAUGGCCACUCCACCCACUCAAAGAGAUGCCGUAUCGGGCGAUGUGGGUAGCGGAGAGACUUCUGGAAAGGAAGAAUUCCACUUUAACAUCAUCGACACGCCAGGUCACGUGGAUUUCACCAUCGAGGUGGAGAGAGCUCUGCGAGUGCUCGAUGGUGCAGUGCUGGUGCUGUGCGCUACUUCUGGCGUGCAAAGCCAGACCAUCACAGUGGACAGGCAGAUGAAGCGGUACAAUGUUCCCCGCAUUAGCUUCAUCAACAAGAUGGAUAGGCAAGGGGCAAAUCCAUGGAGAGUCAUCGAUCAGAUCAGGUCCAAACUGAAAUUCCCCUGUGCCGCUGUCCAGCUGCCUAUUGGUAGCGACGACAACUUUGAGGGCCUCGUCGACCUUAUCCGAUGGAAGACUGUGCACAACGACGGAGAAAAGGGCAUCACUAUACGCGAGGUCGACGGCGUACCUGAUAACAUGAAGGAGCUUGCAGAGGAAAAGAGGCGAGAGCUGAUAGAGCAGCUGGCAGAUGUGGACGACGGCAUGGCAGAAAUCUUCUUGGAAGAACGCGAACCUAGCAUCGAUGAAUUGGCCACUGCAAUUCGUCGUUCCACAUUAGCCUGCAAGUUCUCGCCAGUCUUUAUGGGUACUGCCAUGAAGAACAAGGGAGUGCAAGCCAUGCUCGACGGCGUUUGCGCGUAUUUGCCCAAUCCUGCAGAGGUGCCCGCUACCGCGAUGGACACGAGCAGCACAGCCGCCAAGGCGGCCCAAGAGGAAGCGGUCCAGCAAGCUCUGGAGGAUGGUGCCGAUGACGAGCAGCAACAAGUGGCGCGCAAGUCGGCCUCGUUGCCCGUCGUUGGUUUGGCACCAAAGUCGGAUGCACCUCUGGUUGGCCUGGCUUUCAAGCUAGAGGAAGGUCGUUUUGGGCAGCUGACAUAUCUGCGAGUGUAUCAAGGUACGCUCAAGCGCGGUAACCAGAUCUACAAUGCUAGAACCGGCAAGCGAGUCAAAGUGCCUCGAUUGGUGAGGAUGCACAGCAACGACAUGGAGGAUGUGGACAGCAUUGGUGCUGGGGAAAUUUGCGCCAUGUUUGGAGUGGACUGCAGUUCUGGCGACACCUUUACCGAUGGAACGACGCAGCUCAGUAUGACGAGCAUGUACGUGCCGGAGCCCGUCAUCAGCCUUUCCAUCAUUCCAGAAGGCAAAGACGCGAGCGCCGCCAAUUUCAGCAGAGCACUCAACAGGUUCCAAAAGGAAGACCCGACGUUCAGAGUACAUAUUGACAACGAGAGCGGUGAGACCAUCAUUAGCGGAAUGGGGGAAUUGCACCUGGAGAUCUACGUCGAGAGAAUGAGAAGAGAAUACAACGUACCUUGCAAGACGGGCAAACCUCGAGUCGCGUUCAGAGAGACGAUUGCUCAGAGAGCUGCUUUCGCGUACACGCACAAGAAACAGACUGGUGGAGCUGGACAAUUUGCUCGUGUGGCCGGCUUCAUCGAGCCGAUGACUCUCGACGAGGAAACGGGCAAGGACGUCGCCUUUGAGAACCGCAUCGUUGGCAACGCCAUUCCAAACGGCUACUUUCCUGCUUGCGAGAAGGGCUUCUACGAAGCGUUGGAGAAGGGCUCGCUAUCGGGGCACUCCGUCACUGGUGUUCGAUACGUAAUGGAAGACGGAUUGGCGCACUCUGUCGAUUCCUCUGAACUGGCCUUCCGCCUCGCCACCAUUGGCGCCUUUCGAUCCGCUUUCCACAACGCCAUGCCUACGAUCUUGGAGCCAAAGAUGACGGUGGAGAUCACUGCUCCUACGGAGUUCCAAGGGGCUGUCAUUGGUGCCCUCAAUCAGAGGAGGGGCGUGGUGGAAGAUAGCGAGGUCAGAGAAGAUGAGUUCUCCAUCACGGCUGAAGUCAGCUUGAACGACAUGUUUGGCUAUUCCAGCCAGCUUCGGGGCUUGACACAAGGCAAAGGAGAGUUCUCGAUGGAGCUCAAGAAUUACCAACCGGUCUUGCCUAAUGUCCAAAGAGAUAUGGAAGCAGAGUACAAAAAGCAGCUGGCUGCUGGCAGCGGUAAAAAGUGA